UCCCCCUCCACACCUUCGACAGCAACUCUUCUCUCGAAGCUCUCUCCCUUACAAAGCAACCCUAUCCUAUUUAGCUCCUACACUAGCAUCAUCAGCCCCCUACCCCCUCCACCACUCCUCCAUCCCAACUCGUCAAGAUGAAGUACUCAAUCGCUCUCCUUGCUGUCGGAGCCGGCGCUGCCAUGGCACAGAGCCUGAGCGACCUACCUCCCUGCGGUCAAACCUGCGUCAACAACAUGAUCAACAUCGCAUCCUCGCAGUUUGGCUGUGGCUUCGGCGACAUCACUUGCUACUGCACCAAAGUGAACUUCGGCUACGGCAUCCGCGACUGCUCCACCCAGUCGUGCUCUGCGUCUGACGCUGCCAAAGUCAUCUCGUUUGGUACCAACUACUGUGCCAAUGCCGUUGCGUCUGCCUCUGGUGGCGUCUCGACUGCUCCUGCGUUGAGCAUCUUGUCCUCGGCUGCUGCUUCUGCUUCUGGCGCUACUGCCACUAACGCCGCUUCCUCUGGCGGUGCCUCUGGUGGAGCUUCAGGUGCGAGCACUGCUAUCUCUACCCAGCCCCUUGUCGCGACUGUUGUGUCGGGCAGCCAGACUAUCCUCCAGACCACUGGCUUCUCUACCAUCUACAGUUCACUGACAGGCGCUGCAGCUAGUGGUGCUUCAAGUGCUGCUAACAGUGCCUCUUCAGUCGCUGCCUCAGUCACUGGGUCUGCUGCUUCUGCUGCCUCAUCCCUAGCCUCGUCUCUUGCCAGCGGUGCCAGCUCUGCUCUCGCCAGCGGUUCAGCCCGUGCCUCAGGUCUCGCCAGCGGUGCUACCGGCGCCCCCGCGUCCACCGGUGGUGCUCCGAUGAUGACCGGCCUCCCACUCGCCGGUGCCGCCGGUAUGGCCGCCCUCUUCUUCCUCUAAGUACCCAACCUCGCGCGAUUUCCAAC